AUGGAAUUCGAGAAGCUUCAUCAUUUGAAAUCACGAUAUCCGCUGGUGAAAAUUGUGCUAGAUCGUUAUUCUUGUGAUUUGUCUGAGUCGGUGAAAGAUGAUGAUCGAACUGAAGAACUUAAGAAAGAACUAAUGAAACUGUAUACUGAAAAUUUUAAUGUGACAUAUUCGGAGUGGCAAAAGAGGAAUUUGUCCAACUGUGCUGCUCCUGUAUCUACGAAAGUAACUCUAACACAUACAAUACAGAAAUUUCUGAAAAAAUUCAUUUCUGAAGUUGAUACAUUGGCCAGUCAUAUUCACAGAAUUCGUGAACAAUUUCGUGCAGCAAAGAUGUCUAAAGAAGAAGCAAAAGUGGAAGAUGUCAUUGCCACAAUUCAGCUGGACUGGAGAGCAUUUUAUUUCGAACAACAUGUCGCUCUUCAAAUUGGUUAUGUUUGGCUAAAAGAUGGCUCGUUUAGUUUCGGCUGUUUAUCCGAUGAUACAAAUCAUAUGGCUGAGGCGGCAUGGGCCGGUAUUCAACCACUUCUGAAUCAUUUAGUUGAUGAAAAAGAAAUUUCAAUCAUCAAUAUCAUUUCCGAUUCACCCAUAUCUCAGUACAGAAACAAAACUAUGUUUUAUCUGAUUAAGAAAUUUGCUGCCAAACAGAAAAUCAAAAUUAAAUGGAUCUAUUUUGAAGCGGGACAUGGUAAAGGAGUGGCUGAUUCAAUUGGUGCCACACUGAAAAGGAAGAUGGACGAAGCGAUCAAUUAUAAUCCUGAUGAUUCGUUUUCUAGUGUAUCUGAUCUUAUCGAUGCCAUUGAAGACAGGACUGAUAUCAAACUAUAUCUUUAUGGAAAAUCUGAUGUUGAAAAGGUGAAAUUACCGAAACUGUCAACAAUCAAAGGCACUGUUACUCUACACGAAGUGGUAGCAACAAGCGAUGGGAAAUUCUAUGGCAAAGAUUUAUCAAGCGAUAAGGAAAGCUUGUUGGCAGUGAAAUUUUAA